CUUACUUUAAUGCAGGAGCCUUUUAAUGCUCAUGAGUUUGUGGAAAGAUUGGCAUGGCGAACCAUGGGAACCAAGGGAAGAAGUAACCAUGACGACUUUGAUCCAAUGUUGCUUCAUGGUUCUUUUGAAAAGAUGAUUCGGGACUUGAAGGAAAAAAAUACACAGAUGGAGAAAAAAGUAGAAAAACUGGAAGAUGCGUGUAAGGAAGAAGAGAAAAGACACUGGCAAAGAGUGGCAGAUCUUCAGAAGCGUAACAAGGCAUCUUAUUCCCACUUUCAAGAACUAGAUGAGAGAAUCAACCUGGUGGCUACAAAGGUUGUCCACCUGGGAGACCAGCUGGAGGGUGUCAACACUCCCAGGGCCAGGGCCGUCGACGCCCAACGACUCAUGAACUUUUUUAAUGAGUUCCUUAACUAUGAUGAACCAAAGUCUUCAGUAUUUACUGACCCUUUUCAACUUCAAUUGGCUGCAGAAAUAAUCCAGAAGUUGUAUCAAAUAGCUUUGGAACUUCCAGUGGGAGAAAAAUUUGACAAUGCCAGAAAGAAAAUAUGGGAUCGAUACCUCCAUAUUGAGAAGGAAUUGAUUGCAGAGUUUUUGAUAGCCCAUCGUCAUGAGGACAGACGGAAAAUGAAACGAGUUGCCUUUGUCUUGUCUAACUUUAAAGGUUAUGGUGAAUGUAUCGAUGCCUUCAUAGAAGAAUCUCAGAAAGGGGCAUUCCAGAAACUGGAUCCAUUUGAUGAUGUUGUUCCAUUGUGUACAAGAACUAGUGACCUCGUCACCAGUGUGUUCAGCAGUCCAGACACAGUGAUGGCUAAAUUUGUACAGACAAUCUACAACACCAAACUACAGACACACAUCGCAUCUAAACUGGAAUCCAAAGACGAUCCAGAGGAAUACCUAAUCACACUAUUUCAACUUUAUACAAGGACGGUGAAGUUAUCUGAAGAUUUGUCGAUAUUCAAGAUGGGAAACGACAGUCUGUUCCUGACCAAACUGACCAAGACAAUAUUCCAGAAGCACCUAGAGGCUUAUAUUAAUUUUGAAACAAAAUAUUUAAAGGAGCGUUGUUCAGCACAUUUGCAGCGGUACUACGAUAGUAAAGAACACACCAAGAAACAGAUCCAGUCUGGAGGCCUGACAGAACUGAGAAGAGAUUUACAGGCAAGGAUUGGAACAAUGACCAAAACCAACAUCAACAUUGGUCCUGCUAUAGAGAACUUUGGUGGAGAGACGUUUUUAUCACAGGAAGUGACCAUCAGUCUACUUCAGGAGGCUAAGAAUGCCUUCAAACGCUGCCAAGUGUUGUCCAGCAGUUCGGACAUGUCUGGUAAUGCUGUCCAAAUCUUUGAGGUUUUGGUCCAGUACCUCGUAAUUGAACAUAUAGACUAUGCUGUGGAACUUGGACUUCAAGCCAUUCCACUACCUGACCCCAAGUCUCAGCCAGAGGUGUAUUUCUUUGAUGUGGUAGGCCAGGCCAACACACUCUUCCACCUGUUUGAGAAACAGUUCAUGGACAGUCUUGUUCCUCUAGUCAU